GAUAUCUUACGCUUAUGGAGAUGUUCACUCUCAGUUUGGAAGCAGUUUGUGUGGAUAUGGUGAAGCAGGAAGAGACAGAAACAGAGCUGUGUCCGAACCAAAGCCAAAUCUCCUUAGAAUCUCUUUUUAAUUCACAUAUCUCUUUGUGAAUCCAAGGAUGGUAUUUGAACAAAACAUGCGUGGAGUUUGGCUUUAUCUCAAGAAGUCUCUUAGCUGCUGCAACGCACAGAAGUCAACUGACCUGGCUGAUCCAGACAAGAACCGAAGCCAGAAGAUGCAGAAUCCAUCUGGAUACUCAAGAUCAAAUAUGAGAGAUGUCUUUGUAACACAUGGAGGUGGAGGAGCUAUGCAGAAUCCAAGUUGCUGCAGCUCACGGUCUCUGGAGAGCUCCAGGUUUAUAAACACAAUGAAAAUUGAGGGCAAUGACCGUUAUUCGGGCAGAUUCAAUGGCUUGCUCACUGGAGGAUCUUCUUCUGAUUUGCUUCCCGGUCGUUGUUCUGAGAGAUUUGAUGUUAUUGGCUCUGACAUCUGCGGUUUUGGAGUUCUUUCUUGUCGAAAAUGUCAUGAGAGAGUCAGAGAUCUUGACGCGUUUGAGUCCCAUUACCUUUCUAACCAUUCUGUCAUUAGACUCUUAGCUGGAGACUUCUCACGAACAACUGUUGAGUUAAUCUGCAAUACAGGGUAUUCUCACAAGCUUGGCAAAACCAAAGGGAACAACAUUUUAGCGAUCUUGAAAAUACAAAAUUUGCAAAGAGUUGUUGCAGGGUUUGAGGAUUACAGAGAACUCGUGAAAAUAAGAGCGAACAAGCUUUCCAAGAAACACUCGCGGUGUAUGGCUGAUGGGAACGAGUUUCUUGGGUUCCACGGUACUAGUCUUUCAUGCGCUCUCGGUUUGAGUGACAACAGCUCUUCAAACCUCUGUUUCUCGGAUCAAUGCGGAGUUUGUCAUAUUCUAAGACAUGGGUUCAUCCCUAAAACAAGACCGGAUGGGAUUAAAGGGGUUCUCACAGCAUCAACGAGCUCCACAGCUCUUGGAUGUAUUGAAAAUAUGGAUCAAAGAAUGAACAGAGGUUCAUUGAAAGCUGUUGUGCUAUGUAGAGUGAUUGCAGGGAGGGUUCAUAAACCUAUGCACAAGUUUGAAGAUCCUUGUGGAUUUUCUGAGUUUGAUUCGUUGGCUUUGAAAAUGGGACCAAACUCUAGAAUUGAAGAGUUUUUUCUGUUGAGUACUAAAGCAUUGUUACCUUGCUUUGUGAUCAUCUUCAAGCCUUGAACACAAACCCCUGUGUAAUG